UAUAAUGGGCCUUUAAAUAAUUGGGUCUUAGGCCUUUUGGUUUUGUUGAGGCAGAUCUCCGGCGAAACUUUAGACCGAGAUACGGAAGAAUCAGAUCAACGCAUGCGACCAAGAAAAUCAAAAGCGGGUUGAGAAGAAAGAGAUAAGCUUUUACAUCAAUUUUGAAGGCGUGAAAUGGGAAACACUUCAUCGAUGCUGACUCAAUACGACAUCGAAGAAGUUCAGAGCCAUUGUCAUGAUCUAUUUGAGCAGCAGGAAAUUCUAUCUCUAUAUCAAAGGUUUUGCCAGUUAGAUCGAAACGCAAAGGGAUUUAUAUCUUCUGAUGAGUUUCUCUCUGUACCUGAGUUUGCCAUGAAUCCACUAUCUCAGAGGCUGCUUAAGAUGGUUGAUGGUUUGAACUUUAAGGAUUUUGUGGCUUUCUUGUCUGCAUUUAGUGCCAAGGCUAGUCUAAGACAGAAAGUUCAGUUGAUCUUUAAAGUCUAUGAUUCGGACUGCAACGGUAAGGUCUCCUUUAAAGAUAUCAUGGAAGUGUUGCGUGACUUAUCCGGAUCAUUCAUGUCUGAUGAGCAAAGAGAGCAAGUACUGAGCCAGGUUUUGAAGGAAUCGGGCUACACAAGUGACUCUUUCUUAACACUAGAGGAUUUCAUUAAGAUCUUUGGGAGUAGUAGACCGGAGAUGGAUGUUGAAAUUCCUGUGGAUUAGGUUUAUGACCAUAUCAUCAAACACAACACUCAAAUCUCAUCUUGUAUUUUGUCCACACUGUUACUAGAAUAAUCCUUGUUAAUUGAUCACACACCAUUGCAGGCUUUUUCAGCACUUUUACUAAGUUUCUUUAUAAAGUAUUUUCAAUUGAAACUUGUUCUACUAAAGGAAAUUACAAUUGUUU